UGUUACUUAAAAACAAAGCAGAUUUUUGCAAGGUUAAUGUUAAACAAAAUAUUUAGUAAUCGAAACAACUUCUUUGUAAUAAUUUAUGAUAACUUUUAUCAGUCAAAAACAUUUGAAAGUCGUUUGAAAUGACAACUAUCAGCUGAUUUUGUUUUGUAAUCGAUGUAUCCAACUCUAUUCCACGCAUUUCCAAGCAACAACUUUCGACAAUAUGACUAAAGAUACCUUCUCCAUCUUGUGUGAAACUUUCGAAGCCAUUUCAUCAACCAAAGGUAAACAACAAAAACUUCCAAUAUUAAAAAUUACGUCAUUCAACUUGAACGCGGGAUAAAAUUCUACGAUGCUCUUCGUUUAUUCCUCCCAAACUGGGAACGCGAACGCGGCCCAUACCGUCUCGGUGAGCAUUCAUUCACCAAAACCCUAACCAAUAUUCUAUGCCUUCCCAAAACCGGAAGUGACGUCAACACAUUAAAAAACUUCAAUCAAUCCGCAAGUGGCGCGGCGUCUAAAUUCAAAGAUUACGCGGAUGCUGCCUAUUCAGUCGUACGAAAGAAAACACAAAAAACAGCAACAAUAAAAUACACUCUGAAAGAACUCAACGAUAAACUAGACGAAAUAGCAGCUGGAAAUAUAAGAAAACAAGAGAGUAUCAUCUAUGAUUUAUUCAGUAAUAUAUCACAAAUCGAAAUAAAAUGGUUGAUACGCAUUUUAUUACGAGAAAUGAAACUUGGGUUAGGAAAGAGUGAUAUUUUACAGUGCUACCACCCUGACGCGCCGAAAUAUUUCACAACCAACAACAGCUUAAGACAAUUAUGUUUAGAUCUAGAAGAUCUAAAUAAAACAGCGAGUGAUAUCGAAGUGACAUUGUUUAAUGCAUUCAGACCAAUGUUAUCACUGCGAUGUGACGUAAAAGAAUUCAACCGAGCUGUCAAAGACGACACAGAAUUCUACGUUGAAGAAAAAUUCGAUGGGGAACGCUUCCAAUUACAUUUCGGCAACAAAAAGUUCAAAUAUUUCUCGAGAAAUGGUUAUGACUACACCGAAGAAUUCAAAGCGCAUGCGCAAAAAUAGAAAAAUGUAUCACCGCGGACAGUGUAAUACUAGAUGGCGAAAUGAUGAUAUAUAAAAAGAACUCAAAAACAUUCGGGUCCAAAGGGAUGUUUGCAGAUAUAAAGAAAGUCAAAAUAGAUUCUAACAUACAACAAUGUUUCUGUGUUUUUGAUUUGGUGUACCUCAACGGUGAGAAUUUGUGUAACACACCAUUAAAAGACAGGAAAUUAAGGUUACAAAAAGUGGUAACAUCAUUAGAAGGUGUCAUCAUGGUGAGUUCAUAUAGAUCCGUGUUUAAUAAGCAAGGAAUUCUAAAUGAACUUAAUACUUCGAUGGAUAACAAAGAAGAAGGUAUUGUUUUCAAGUCUCCUUGCGGGGUGUAUCUACCUAAUGAACGCAUAGGGUGGUGGAAAGUAAAACUAGAAUAUUUCGAAGGAGUCAUGUCUGAUUUAGACGUAGUGAUAAUUGGAGGAUAUUAUGGCCAGGGAGCAACCAAAGGAGAAAUAACAGGGUACCUUGUAGCUGUCAAAGAUAAAAAUGAAAAUAAAUAUUUAUCAUUUGCGAAAAUCUCUACAGGUUUAAACAGGGAAGAAACUAAAGAACUUAAUACACAUUUAAACCCUCAUUGGAGAAAUGACCCACACCAUGAAAAGUCUAAUAUAAUACUAGGUAAAGAGAAACCUGAUAAAUGGAUCCCACCAUCAAAAUCAAAAUGUCUCCAGGUUAGAGGAAGUGAAUUGAUCAAACUCUACGAUUCUACAACAGUAAAAGACUAUGCAACCAAAUAUACACUUCGAUUUCCUCGUAUUCUAUGUCUUCGUCUUGAUAAAAACUUUGAUGAUUGUUUAACAACUGAUGAACUUACAAGUUUAACUGAAGGAUCAUCCGUGGUGCAAAAAUUAAACAAGAGACACCUUGAAUUAGAAGAUUUGGUAAUACCAUCAAAACCAUCAAAACGAAGAAAAAAGGAGUUGAAUUUCGAGCUACUUCCGGUUGAUAUCGUCAGUGACAUCCUCCUGGGUUAUACGUUCGUUGUAUUAACUGGUAUAGGUGACUGGACCAAGGAUAUGGUAGAGAAAGCUGUUCGUGAAAAUGGCGGUACCCUAGCUAUAGACUGCACUCCUGAUACACUCUGUAUGUUAGUAGGAGAUGAUCACAUCAGGACACAAACUUAUACAGGCGAAGUUGAUAUAGUAAAAGUCGAUUGGCUACGGCAUGUAUUAAAUGAAGGAGAGUUUAUGAUGUAUGAACCUUUUGAUGUGGUUAAAAUGUCCGAAAAGAGCAAGAGGAGAUUCAUGCAGGAAUUUGACCACUUUGGUGACUCUUAUGUAAUUCCCGCGGAUAAAACAAGUCUGAAGAAGGUUUUCAACGAGUAUUUAAAGAGUAAUUACAAUGUAAUGCAGCUGACUGUUGAUGAAAUCAAUGAAUUCAACGCUGAGAUCAAUUUCACGCGCGAAUGGAAAGUUCUGCGCGGGUAUACAGCGUUUUUCGACCGGUAUAAAAUCAUCAAUGAUACGAGCAGUACCGAAAUUUCGUAUAAUUCCAAUUUUUAUGAUCGCGUUGCGUUUAAAAACGCUGGAGGCAUCGAGAGUGAAUUUUUGAAUGAAGAUUGCGAUUGCAUCAUUGCAUCCAUUGAUCGUUUCGAAGAAGUCCAAGUGUACUUACAGUCACUCCGGCGGGAUAUUCCGAUUUACUCAUCCACAGAAGAGUUUAAACAAGAAAUUCUUCGCCGAGGACAACAACAAUGAUGAAUUUUACUUAUUUUUACUCAAUAAGUAAUUGUUGCACAUGAUUGUAGUGUUAUAUUCUGUGAUUUCCAUGUAUUUUCAUCGUGAAAUUCACGUGAAAUGCAAAAUUAGUGGAUUA